AUGACACAGAUAGCCAGCCUCAGAACGGAACUUGCCGGCUUGCUCGACGCAAAAUCGGCAGAGCUGGCAAGAGCGGGCGAGUGGGGCCAGACACUGCUCAGUCAGCGUGCGGCGAUCGAGUCUCGCUUGCAGUCACUGCCCUCGGCCGGCAGUCCUUUCGGCGCCUCGUCCUCGGUCGAACGAUCAGAGCAAGAGGAGGACUUGGUAGCAAGUGUACAGAAUGAGAUCAAGACGUGGAAAACCUCACCCAUGCCUGGUGCGUCAUCGUCCAGUCUGGAGACAGACCAAGCCUCCUUGCUUGUCACGCCCCCAAGGUCAGCGGCAACGAACAGACGAGCACGCAAUGCUGCCAACGCCAGCCGAGUAGAGGACCAUCAUCUGGCUGCAGACAUCUCGACCUCGCUCAUCGCCCAAGUAAGAGCUAUGCAGAGCCAGCUUGCAGAGAAGGACGAAGCACUCGCAAAGGCCCUGGCAGAGCGUGAUGCACUCGAGCGCGACGUCCACAAGCAUCUGGGUGCCAACAGGACACUAGAGGAAAGCGUCGGCAAGUACAAAGAAGAGAACUGGAAUCUCGAGAUGGCACACCAAGACCUACAGUCGAAACAUCAGGACAAAGUCGACCGCAUCUCCAAACACGAACAAGAAAAGACCCGUAUGACUCGAACGCUCACCGACACACGUGAUGAACUCGAAUCGCAAAACCUGGCAGUCAAUAACCUCAAGGGUCAGCUCGAGUCACUCAAGUCCAAUCACGAGACAGAUCUUGCAAGCAUGCGCAAGGAGAGUGCAGGUAUACAGCGCGAGCGCGAAGAUCUGCAAAUGAAGGUCGACGCACUCAACGCCGAGUUGGCGGCUAAGAACAAGCAGCUCGCAGCCUCCAAGACGACGACAGCAGGCAUCGGACUUGCGUCGGGACUGACGGGUGCUGGCUUGGGCGCGGGCUUAGACCAUCUCGCGGCAGAUGACGACAGCUUCGAAGCCAAUCGUAUGCAGAGGCGCAAAACCGGCGACGGACGCGAUCUGGGCUUCGAUGAGGGUCACUCCCUAUCUGACGAGAUGGGAGACAGCUACCCAGACGAGCGCGACUUUGUACGACUAGAAUCUUCGCGUAAUGUUGACGAAUUGCGGCAGUCUCUUGCUCACGCGCAGCGUACCAUCACUGCACUCCGCAAUGCGCUCAGUCGCGAAAAGGCGGCGCACGCGAAUGGCAACGGUGAUCAUAUGGACUCGCAAUACGUCUCACGUCGCGGCAGAGGGCGUGGCGCGGCUACGCUGGGCCGAGCACGCAGCACAAGGUCGAAUGGCGCUUUCCACGAUGAUGAGAGCCUCGACAACGUCGAUCUGUCCCGCGGCAGCAUUGACGGCAUGGAUCCAGACUUUGUCGAUUCGUCUCGACUUAGCGUGGACAGGCCACAGGUUUUGGGCGACUUUGGUCGAAAUUCGUUCUCGUCAUUCCGUCGAUCAGGCUCGAUCCGCUCCGUCAGCGAUGUUGGCGCUAAUGAUACCUUGCCUGCCAAAAUCUACAUCGAAGUUGGAGUCAUGACCGAGCCUAUAGCAGUCGUCAUGACAGAGCACAAGGCCUCGCAGACAGAAGCGCAGCUGUUUAGCAACGCUGCAGUCAACACAGAGCCCGUCGCUGUUGCGCAGGCAUCAUCGCAGACAGAGCCUGAACAAGACCGUGAUACAAAGGUUGCCGCUACUGCCGCCGCUGCUGCUGCUGCUGCCGCCGCCGCCGCGGCUCUCGCUGCUGCACAAGCUGAAAAGGAGGAAGCGACGGACAAUGACGACUUUGAAGACGCGUCAGAAAUCGUGGCGGUCCCUGAGCCAAGCGCAGCAGAGCGCAAAGGUGCGGAGGAUGCCCGGGCCAUGCCACCGCCUGCCGUCGUACCGGUCAAACGGUCUACUACACCCCCGCCACAGCCACGCCCGGCGCCGAGACCGUCUCGAAGCGCGUUGAAGCCUUCGCGACGCCCAUCAGACGCUCCAACGCCUCGUACUAGCCGACAUCGACAAAUUUCGACAGGAUCCAGCAAGACUAGCGAUGGUAUGGCGGCUGCGGCCGCCGGCGCGCCGACCUCUGCCGAUCCAGACGCGAUCCACGCCAUCACGCAGACUAUGAUUGGAGAUUCGUUCUACAAAUACACUCGGAAAGCAAUGAACAAGAACUCUCGUCACAAGCGCUUCUUCUGGGUUCAUCCUUACACAAAGACACUUUACUGGAGCGACAAGAACCCAGGCUCGGAGAAUCUGACCCAGUCAAAAGCAAAGAGCGUAUACAUCACUGAUGUCAGGCAAGUCAUCGAUAACAAUACAGCGCCCGCUGGAUUACAUCAGUACAGUCUCAUCAUCGAAACGCACGAUCGUGAGCUCAAGUUUACAGCGCCCACCCGCGAGAAGCACGAAGUAUGGAUGAAGGCACUCAGCUUCCUUCUGGCACGGCCUCAGGACGAAGGAGGCUCUCCCCUCGGUCUGCGUGAGCAGGAUCACGGCAGACCGCUCUCACCGUCUGCCGCCGGCAAAGUUCGGCGCUCGUCGCUUUCUCGGUCGACAAUGGCACGCACACAGAGCGCAUCGAGUACGCCCGUCACUCCACACCAUCAUGACGAUUUUGAAGGCGUGGAUAAUGUCCGUGUCUGCUGCGGCGAGCACGAUGUAGGUCGACUUAAUGCGAGCAGUGCCAGCAUCUCGUCCCGUCAUCGCAAGCCAAGGGGAUCCACCUUGACGCAAGAUGAGGACGUCUUCGGCUCGCCAGACGAACCAGACGUUUGGCCCAGGACGUCAAGCAAGAGUCAGGGCAAGAAGAGUCGGACUUCGCUGCGUGCGGAAUCAGUCUUGGGCGAAGACAAGGAUGGAUCGCUCAACAGCAAGCGCUUCCGAAGUCAAUGGCCCAAUUAG